CAAACUUUUGAAUUUUUUUGACUCAGAACACUCCUGCAUUAUUCACUCUGCCGCCAUGCAAGCUCAUUGCCGCCGUGCAUGGUCACCGGCGAUGAAAGGUUUCACGUUUCCUCGAAUCUCAAAUUCAAUCUAUUCCCUUUCUGAUUCAAUUUUCACAAAAUAUUCUUCAUUUUCUUCUUCUUCUUCUUCUCUUAUUCUACAUGACUCUGAUUCAAACCCAAUUUCAAGUCCAUUUUACAAUCUUCUCCCACCAACCCACAACCCUAAUAACAUUGUAAACCUCAUUUCAACAGCCCUCAAACAAAAAAGUUUCCACCUUUCUCAUUUUCAAACCCAAUUCAAAACAAUUCUCCCUCAUUUGGGUGCCCAUGAAAUUUCAAGGGUUUUGAUUAGAACUCAAUCUGAUGCUUCCUCAGCACUCACAUUUUUCAAUUGGGUUAAAAAUGAUUUGAGGUUCACACUUAGUUUGCAGAAUUAUUGCUUAAUUGUUCACAUACUUGGUUGGAAUCAAAUUUUUGAUCAAGCCAUGAAAUUGUUGUGUGAAUUGAUACAAUUGAACAAUGUGAAUGUUGUUUCUUAUGAUGAUGUUUAUAAGUGUUUGAUUGAUUGUACUGAGGAUUGUAAUUGGAAUCCUGUGAUAUUUGAUAUGCUUAUUAAGGCUUAUGUGAAAUUAGGUAUGGUUGAGAAGGGUUUAGAGACUUUUUGGAAGAAUGUUGAGGGUAGUUUUGUUCCUAAUGUUGUUGCUUGUAAUUGUUUGUUGAAUGGUUUGUCUAAGAUUAAUUAUAUUGGUGAAUGUUGGGAAGUGUAUGAAGAAAUGGGGAGGCUUGGGAUUCAUAGGAAUGGGUAUACUUUUAAUAUUAUGACGCAUGUUUUGUGUAGAGAGGGAGAUAGUGAUAAGGUGAAUGGAUUUCUUGAGAAGAUGGAGGAAGAAGGAUUUGAACCGGAUUUGGUUACAUAUAAUAUACUUAUUAAUGGUUAUUGUAAGAAAAGAAGGUUGGAGGAUGCAUUUUAUUUGUAUAAGAUUAUGGGCAUUAGAGGUGUGGUUCCUAAUUUGAUUUCGUAUAGUGCGUUGAUGAACGGUCUUUGUAAAGAAGGCAAGAUUAAGGAGGCUCAUCAACUUUUUAAUCAGAUGGUUCAAAGAGGGAUUGAUCCGGAUGUUGUGUCGUAUAAUACACUUAUAUCUGGUUAUUGUAAAGAAGGUGGUAAGAUGCAAAUGUGUAGAUCACUAUUGCAUGAAAUGAUAGGAAUCGGGAUUCGUCCGGACAAUGUUACUUGUAGGAUUGUUUUUCAAGGAUAUACAAGGGAGGGAAAGCUUUUAUCGGCGUUGAAUAUGGUUGCGGAACUUCAGAGGUUUGGAAUUAAGAUCCCUGAAAAUUUAUAUGAUUAUCUCUUAGUUGCAUUGUGUAAAGAAGGUCGGCCGUUUGCGGCACGAAGCUUUCUGAUAAGGAUAUCUCAAGAUGGAGACUAUGUGCCUGAAAUGAGCACUUACAUUAAACUAGCAGAGUCUCUAUGUUCGUUCAAUAAUGUGGAAGAGGCACUGAUUUUGAAAUCUGAGAUGGCAAAAAAGAGUAUGAAACUAAAUCUCACUACCUAUAAAGCUAUCAUAAGCUGCUUGUGUAGAGUAAAAAGGACUUCAGAGGCUGAAAACUUGUUGGAGGAAAUGGUUAGUUUAGGUAUUCUACCUGAUUUAGAAAUAAAGAGGGCAUUAAUAAAUGGAUAUUGUGAAGAAAACGAUGUUGAUAAAGCUGUGUCGUUAUUGAAAUUCUUUGCCAAGGAGUUUCAAGUUUACGAUACCGAAAGCUACAAUGCAAUUGUUAAAGUCUUUUGCGAGGUCGGUAAUGUGGCUGAGUUGAUGGAGCUUCAAGAUAAGCUUGUCAAGAUAGGGUAUGUUCCAAAUAGUUUAACAUGUAAGUACGUUAUCCGAGGAUUGCAGAAAGGUAUGGAACUCGAUGAUGAUGAUGAUAUAUCGGACGGCGACAUGCUUGAAGUCUAAUUGUCCCAAUCUAGGAUUGCAUCCGAUACCUCACCCCGCUUUUUGAAGGUGGCCAAAUUGGCGGUAUGAUAAGUAUCUAAGCACUCGGGGAACCGAGCCUUAUACAGCUAUUGAGGGGGAAGAAUCAAGUCGCUUAAAUGCUUCACCGAGUAUUCCUGAUUACUUGAUUUGAGACUUGAACACUCCGUAAUAUUGAAGUCGCUAUGACAGUAUUUAUGCUGUUAGCUGAAGUCAGGAUGAAAUCAAAGGUUGAUUGAGCGGGACAUUUUAGUUGUGACCUUCACAUGGAUCUCGUAGAGAAUGAUUGGCAUCUCUUUUUUCAGUGCACUACCAGUAUUCUUUGUUGGGAUUUCGUGGAUUUAAGGUCGGUGGUUGUUGAUCGAAGCCUAUGUUUUUCAUCCGCAGCAGCCGUUUUAUUUGAUGUCUGUUCUAGGGAGGAGGAGUCAAUCACAGUCCAUGUCUUUAUGCUUAUCUGGGCCAUAUGGCAGAACAGAAAUGACAGUGUAUGGAAUCAACAUAGGAGUAAUGCCGAGCAGAUUUGUAACAGGGUGCAAUAUGCGUGACAGGAGUUGUUUGCAGCACAAGAGUCCAAGAAUAAUAACAGCCCCAAAUGUGAGCAGCAGGGAUAGCAGAACUCGUGGCAGAAACCACCUCCAGGAAAGUGCAAUGUGAGUGCUAGUUUUCGUACAAACUUGGGUAUGCCAAGCUAUGGCUGUUGCAUCCAGAACGAGGCAGGAGAGUUUGUUGGGGUGCUUUCGGGCUGGUUUCAUCCGGUUUUAGCUAUUCACGAGUGUGAGGCAGUUAUUUUACUGUCAGCAAGCCAAUGGGCUCACAACCUGGGACUACAAUAUGUGCUGUUUGAAAGUAAUAGUAAUCCUUAAGUCCUGUUGACAAUGUUCUUGCUAACUCAGAAGGUUUGCCUAAGUUUAGAGUAUUAGGCGUUUUUUUAUCUUUUCCAACAUUGAGAAGAGGUUUGUUACGCGUCAAGCGAAUAUGGUUGCUCAUAUCAUUGAUAGAGCGGCCAUUUCUUGGACUAGUUGCUAAGUCUUUCAUUUUAUUCCUCUUUGUAUCGACCAAUAUUUAAUAAUUGAUGAGUUGAGUCUUGUUUGAUCAA